AUGUGGAUGCUGGGAGUUGAGGUUACGGUGAAGAUGGUUGGGAGAAAGAUGGAAUGGUCAUGUUCUGUCGUUUUUGUUCUAAACCUUGAGGUUUUAUUAGAAAUUUUCCACAGGAUUUGCAUCCUCUAUUUUUGUGAAAUUUUAUACUGCUUUUGGACAGUAUGGAUAAUUUUGAAGCAAGGUUUGGACUGUUUUGAAGUGUUUGUAGCAGCUGAUUUAUGGACAACAUUGGUACAAGUUAUGGAGCAAUUUGAUGCAUCAUGA